AAGCGGGCUGACGCCGGAGAGGAGAGGAGCGAGCCGACAGGGGCUUUAAAAACGGAGGAAUGGUGUAAAAACCGAGUGAGAGCAGAAAACAAGCCGUUGCUGUUAUGCUUGGUCUUUCUCUUUUUCUAAAUGUCCUGUGCUGCCCUGCCUUUUGGAUGCCGUCCCCACGGAGUUUUGGGCCAAUAACGGACUUCAUAUUACUGGUGGAGUGAACCAUGCAGAGGUUGCUGCUCCUCCUCACUUUGCUGCUGACUUUACAAACCGUGUGGACGGCGAGGUUCUCCCAGGAGCCGGCAGACCAGUCGGUGGUGCGGGGCCAGAGGGUUAUCCUGUCCUGUGUCGUCUUCAACUACUCGGGUAUUGUCCAGUGGACAAAAGAUGGCCUGGCGUUGGGGAUCGGCGAGGACCUGCGGGCCUGGCCUCGGUACCGGGUGCUGCGGGUCCAGGAGCUGGGCCAGUAUAACCUAGAGAUCUUGUCAGCUGACCUGUCUGAUGACUCCUUGUAUGAGUGCCAAGCGCCUGAUGCCGCCUUGAGGUCCAGGAGGGCCAAGCUCACCGUCCUAAUCCCCCCUGAUGACCCUGUGAUUGACGGCGGUCCGGAGGUUCUGCUCAACGCGGGGGAGUCCUAUAACCUCAGCUGUGUGUCUCGAGGCGCCAAACCACCUUCGAUGAUCGAAUGGCUUAAAGACGGCUUACCUAUAGAUGGCGCCGUCAGUGGCACUGAGGUUCUUCCAGACCGCAAGAGGGUUACCACGCGCAGCUUUCUACCCAUCCACCCCAUCGACACAGACACAGGGAGAAACUACAGCUGCGUGGCGUCCAACCUGGCGGCCCCCGCAGGCAGAAGCACAACCGUUACCCUCAACGUGCACCAUCCACCGACAGUGACCUUGUCCAUUGAGCCUCGCUCUGUCCUAGAGGGCGACAGAGUAACCUUCACUUGUCAGGCCCAUGCCAAUCCACCAAUUAUGGGCUACAGGUGGGCCAAAGGUGGUGUGGUGCUGCAGGGCGCGAGGGAAAGCGUAUUGACCACCAAAGCGGACCACUCCUUUUUCACCGAGCCCGUUUCUUGCCUGGUCUUCAACGCCGUGGGCAAGACCAACGUCAGCAUCCUCGUGGACGUUCACUUCGGUCCCAUUCUCUUGGUGGAACCUCAGCCCAAAACGGUGGACGUCGACUCGGACGUCACCCUCAACUGCAAAUGGGCCGGAAACCCCCCACUCACGCUUACGUGGUUUAAAAAAGGUUCCAACAUGGUUCUGAGUAACAGUAACCAACUCUACCUGAAGUCCGUGAGCCAAGCCGACGCGGGACAGUACGUAUGCAAGGCCAUUGUGCCGCGAAUCGGCGUCGGCGAGACCGAGGUCGCCCUCACCGUCAAUGGCCCUCCGAUUAUCUCCAGCGACCCCAUCCAGUACGCAGUGCGAGGGGAGCGCGGCGAGGUCAAAUGCUACAUUGCGAGCACCCCUCCUCCAGAUAAAAUUGUGUGGGCGUGGAAGGAGAACGUGUGGGAAGAGGAGAAGGGAACUCUUCUGGAGCGCUACACGGUGGAGCAAAGCAGAACGUCAGCAGACGGCGGCGGCGUCCUCUCAACCCUCACCAUCAAUAACGUGAUAGAGUCAGACUUUCUGACCACGUACAACUGCACGGCCUCCAACUCCUUCGGGCCCGGGACCAUGAUCAUCACACUGGAGGAGACUGAAGAGGCCCCCGUGGGGUUAAUAGCUUGCGUGACGGUGGGCGCCAUCAUCCUUUUGUUCAUCUUCCUCCUGGUUUUUGUGCUCAUCUUCUACCGUCAACGCAAAGGCAGUCGGCGAGGUGUCACGCUGGGAAAGCCGGACAUUAAGGUGGAAACGAUCAACAAGGAGAGCCACAGCUUAGAGGAGGACUCGGGCAGCGUGUCCACCGCCUCGCGCAUGGUGAAGGCGAUGUACUCCUUUCUCCCCUCUGUGUCCUUCUCUCCCUCCAACCAGCCCUUUAAGGAUGACAUCGAGCUUAAGUCGGACCUCCGUAGCGACACCCUGGACACCCGCCAGGAGUAUGACCUGAAGGAUCCCACCAACGGCUACUACAACGUACGAGCUUCCACACUUGACGAAGGUCGCCCCGCCUCGCGAUCCACCGUGCACUACUCCGACUAUCGGUCCCCUACUGGUACUCCAGGAGGGGCUGCGUCCAUCAGCGGCAGCAGCGCGGGUGGCUCGGGAGCCACGGCUAGCGGCGGAGCCCCCGGCCCGGGUCCCCUCACCUCCCCGGGCCGCCCGCAGGCCUGCUACGACCCGCGGCCGCCCUCCAGACUGUCGCACAUCAGCUACGCGCAGUUCAACACUUUCACCCGCGGGGGCCAGAGCCAACAAGCGCCUGGCAACCCCGCUCCCACUGCCGGUGACUUCCCCGGGGACUGCAGCUUGCUGGAUUCCACCUCCCAGCUGGCGUACGACAACUACGGCUAUCCGUCGCAUUACCAGACCUACCGGAUGGGGUUCGCCCCGUCCAGCCUGGCCCCGCUGGAGUCCGGCCCCUCGUACGAGAUGUACGGGGUAGGAUCGGGAGUGGCCGGUCCCGGCGUCGGCGUGGGCCCCGCGCCAUCGGGCUCGGACGCCGGACUCGGCAAGUACGGCAGCUCCACUCGUUUCUCCUACACGUCGCAACACUCCGACUACACCCACAGCCGACACACGCAGAGGAUGCAGACUCACGUGUGAAACUGACCCAGCAGCACGAGUGUCUUAGACAUAGCAUUGCAGCGAAAACCAACACACACAUUGACAUACACACACAAACACGCCCCAGUGAACACAAAUAAGGCACACGCACACUUCCGGAGAAGCGUGCCCGUGAGACAGGGGAGGAAGAAGACUGAGACGGCACACCGGCCAACGAGGAACCGGCCGGAGGUCUCCAGCAGGAACGUUUUGGAUGCGGACAGAAAAAAAACGCUCGCUUCUUGUAGCGAUAAACAAGAAGAAAGAACAGGGCAGGCGAGGUGACCUGUUCAAUACUAACUUGGUGGAAGGCCAAAUAGAUAAACAGUACGUCUGAUGUGGUAUUGAAACCUCAAGAUAGUGCAAGUCAUUUAUUUCGUUUCCACUUUUCCCGCCAUGCUUAUAUUAGCCAAGGGAAAGUGGAUGUUAGAAGGAUAAUCAUACUUUUGCACUGCAUCGACAGUAUUCAUGCUUGGACGGCUCUCAUCUACAACCCCUAGCAAAAAGUAUGGAAUCACCAGCCUCGGACGAGCACUCACUCAGAUAUUUAAUCAUGUAGAACAAACUCUGAUAAAAAGCUUAAAAGUAUAAAAGUGCAACUCUUUAGCAUUCAGAAACACCAAAAGAAAUCAAUAAAAAACAUUGUGGUGGUCAGUGAAUGUUACUUUUAUAGAGCAAGUGCAGGGAAAUAUAUAUGGAAUCACGCCAUUCUUAGGAAAAAAAUAUGGAAUCAUGAGAAACAAACAAAGAAAUAACAAUCAAAACACAUAUCUAGUAUUUAGUAGCACCACCUCUAGCUUUUAUGAAUGCUUG